AUGCGCCAACUAGCUGCGCAACUCGCCGACGCGGAGCGCGUCGCCCGCGAGGCGGAGACUAUGCUCGCCAGGCGCACCGAAGGCGCCGUCCGACCACCUCCUGGCCACGAACACAGCAUGCUGUCAGACACGCAUGGUCGCCAUCACAACUAUCUCCGCAUAUCUCUCACGGAGAGGUGCAACUUGAGAUGCGUGUACUGCAUGCCUGAAGAUGGGGUCGACUUGCAGCCCCAAUCAAAAAUGAUUAACCAGCAGGAGAUACUGAGGUUGGCGAGCAUGUUUGUCGAUGCGGGGGUUGACAAGAUCCGACUUACCGGUGGCGAGCCGUUGGUACGGAAAGACCUGCCUGACAUUGUACGGGCGCUGAGCUCAUUGGAAGGCGUGCGCAACGUCGGGGUGACUACAAACGGGAUCAAUCUCAAGCGGAAGAUUCCUGCUCUACGUGAGGCAGGCCUCACCCACAUCAACGUGAGCCUGGACACGCUGCAGCCAGACCGCUUUGCUGCCAUCACUCGUAGAAAGGGCCUCGACACAGUGUUGGCGUCGUUGGAUGCAGCGCUAGCUCAUGGGUACGGGGGAAGGCUGAAGAUCAACUGCGUCGUGAUGAACGGUGUCAACACGGACGAACUGGCGGACUUCUUAGAGUUCACGCGCGAUCAGGAGAUUGACGUUCGAUUUAUCGAAUGGAUGCCUUUCGACGACAACCGGUGGAAGGACGCCAAGUUCUUCUCCUACCAGUCAAUGCUGGACGUGAUUCGGGAGCGCUAUCCCGAUCUCGAAAGAACUGUCGACUCUGCCAAUGACACCACCAAGUGGCACCGAGUUCCUGGAUACCGGGGCAGGGUCGGGUUCAUCACGUCGAUGAGCGAGCACUUCUGUGGUACUUGCAAUCGCCUCCGCAUCACAUCGGAUGGGAAUUUGAAAGUCUGCCUGUUCGGAGACGAAAGCCUCAGCCUCCGGGACGCGCUUAGAGGAGGACUGUCGGAUGCAGAGAUAUCGGUUCUGGUACGGGCGGCAGUGUUGGGCAAACGCGCUGCCCUUGGAGGUCAUGGGGACAUGUAUGGUAUUGCUAACGCCAAGAACCGGCCGAUGACCACAAUUGGAGGAUGAACAUGAAGCACCCUAACGCUGUUCCCGGUUAUUAGUACUGGCAGGACCCGAAACGAUGUGUCUAAUCGGAAAUGCGUAAUUUAGGACAGCUGCCUUUGGCGGAAGCUCAACUGCGGAGCAGAUUGAGGCCCCUGGCCGCGAAUGUAUUUAGGCGAUUCGUUCGUCUCCGAGCUGUGGGCUUGUUUUACGACACAGCGAACGUGACAAGGUUGAGUUUACAUGUUGGAUCUGUAACCGCAUUGUUGUGCUUUACCCACUUUUUGGUAACCCCGUUUCGCAGGUAGUGUCUAGCGUGCGUGCUCGAUAUUAUCGAGCAAAACAGCGUUCUGUGUACAAAACUUCUGUUUUUUCGCGCGUGUGCUGUGUUUGAAAUGUAUUUGUCGUGUGGUUUCUUUCUCUUGCCAAAUGUCGUGGCAGGAGUGAGGAUUUGUAUCGGCGUGACUUUGUUUGAAGCUUUCUGCGGUUCCGACUUCAUCUACGCCAAGCUUGGACUUUUGCAUUUAAGUACCUCGAUCGCCGGUGACUGCUGCUGGCAGCCGCGUUUUCAUGCAUAAUGUUGUCGGGUGAUGGUGAUACGUGGUGUCGACCUCUCUGUUCACCAACUCUAUGGGUGUAUCCCAAAUUGUCAUCAAUUUGCUGUUCAGUAACACUCGGCAAAGGACGUGGCAAGGGUGUGGGUGUAUCGGCAUGACUUUAUUUGAAGAUUUUGCGGUUCCGGCUGCAUCUACGCUAACCUUAGGCUUUUGCAUUUCAAGAUCUGGUACGUCGUUGACUGUUGUUGGCCUGCGGUGUUCUCAUGCAUAUUGUUGUGGGGUGAUCGGUGAUACUUGGUUUUACCACUCUUCCCACCACUCUUACAAGUGCAUCCCAAAAUUGCUGUGCGUGACCCACACGGCAAAUGUCGUGGGGGGAGGGUGUGUGUGUAUCGGCAUGACUUUGUUUGGAGGUUUAUGCGGUCCCGAAUUCAUCUACGCUGAGCGUACAGGCAUGUAACAACUCACGUC